CUCCUCUCACGCAGCGCUGUUAUUCCCUCCUCUGCUUCAGGAAACACAGUUUAAACCGAGAGACGCUCUUCAUCAUGUCGGUGGCUCUGCGCACUCAGCUGCUCCUCUUCCUCAUCUCCCUCUCAUCCAGGAUGGGGCUCAGUCGCUACAUUGAGGACAACGAAGCUGCGGAUGGAUUAUAUUCUCUGCUCAGUUUGGACCAGAAGAGAGAAUCAGAAGAUUUUAUUUUUCGCCGACCUCUCAGAUGUUUGGACAUGGUGGCCAGUGACGGAUACUUCACCUUCGUGGCGUCUCAACCACAGCUGGCCUGUGCUGCUUUCAUCAUCGCCGAGCCCAGUGAGGUCAUCAGCCUGGAGCUGUCUGACGUCAACAUCGACUGCAGCGCCGGAGACUUCAUCAAGAUGUUUGACGGCUGGGUCCUGAAGGGGGAGAGGUUCCCCAGCAGGCAGGACCACCAGCUCCCUCUACACCAGCGCUACACGGACUACUGCUCCUCCUCGGCACCAGGAGCCACGAGCCGAUCCUCCCAGAACGUCGCCAUGGUCUUUUUUCGCAUUCAAAACCCCGACAGUGGCUUCACCCUCUCUGUCAAAAAGCUACACAACCCCUUCCCCUGUAACAUCAUGUCUCAGAGUCCAGAGGGCAGCUUCACCAUGGUGAUGCCACACCAGCACAGGAACUGCAGCUUCUCCAUCAUCUACCCCGUGGAGAUCCGACUGACAGAUCUCAGCCUGGGGCACGCCAAAAGCAAUGAGCUCACCCCAAAGAGGCAGAUGUGGGCGGGCUGUUCGGGGUCAGGUGACUAUGUGGAGCUACUAGGGGGGAAUGGAGUGGACACCUCUAUGAUGUUCCCUGUAGCGGACCUCUGUUUCUCCCUCACUGGGCUCGCCCAGAUGAAGAUCGGUUGUGAUAACUCGGUGGUGAGGCUGGUGUCCAGUGGGAACUAUAUCAACCGUGUUUCCUUCCAGUACCGACUACUGGAACAGCGUGAGCUCCCCAAGACCCGGGAAAACGCUCUGGAAAACUUCUGCUCUGUGGAAUGAGAUCACACACACACACACACACACACACACACACAAUCACACAGUCAUCCGUCUCUCUGUAAAUACACCAGUUUGACUAAUGCCGUCAAUACAUAUUUUGUAUUGUUUUUGCCAAAUAUUUUAUUUAGAGUACUAAUUAUGUUGGCUUUGAUCACAGAAUAUUUAUUUGAAUUGAAUCGAAUUCGUGGAGGAUUUAAUCAUUUUCUUUUUAGUCGUUUGUCAAGAAAAUCUGUGACACAUUAUAUUUCUUGGCACCAGCAUUAAUUUUAAACCUUCCUUCAGUUUAUAUCGGUUUCAGUAUUCUUCGGGAGGUUUUACAUCUGUGCUGUCUCUUGUGUUUAUAAUGCCUUGACAAUUUAAAAAUAAAUAUGACUUGCAUGAUAAAGCACA